AUGGGAGGGGAAGUGAAGGUGAAGGUGAUUGGUACACCACAAAGCUUCCCUUGUGCCAGGGUUGAGUGGGCUUUGAGGAUAAAGGGUGUGGAAUAUGAGUACUUGAAAGAAGACUUGGCAAAUAAGAGUCCCUUGCUUCUUCAGUCUAACCCUGUCCACAAGAAAGUCCCAGUUUUCCUUCACAAUGACAACCCGAUUGCUGAAUCACUUGUCAUUCUUGAGUACAUAGAUGAGACAUGGAAGGAGAACCCUUUGCUUCCACUUGAUCCUUAUGAGAGAGCACAGGCUCGCUUCUGGGCCAGGUUUAUUGAUGAGAAGUGUGUGUAUGGUGUAUGGGAAGCAGCAGUGGCCCAGGGAGAAGAGAAGGGAAAGGCUGUGGAUGCUGCAUUGGAGUUAGUGUCAUAUAUUGAGAAGGAAAUUGAAGGGAAGAAGUAUUUUGGUGGAGAGAAGAUUGGUUAUCUUGACAUAGCAGCUGGGUGGAUGUGUCAUUGGCUGAAUGUGAUGGAAGAGCUUGGAGAGAUGGAACUUCUCAAUGCUCACAGGUUUCCAUCUCUUCAUCAAUGGAGUCACAACUUCAUUCAGACUUCACCUGUCAAAGAUUGCAUUCCAUCCAGAGAAAGUGUUGUUCAAUAUUUCAGUUUUGGCAUCAACUACAUGCGUUCCUUAGCAUCCAACAAAUCUUGA